AUGCAAAAAGAAGACACGAAGAAAGCAACCAAGGAAGCAACCAAGGAAGCAACCAAGGAAGCAACCAAGGAAGGCAACACGUUGCGUUGCUGGGAAGAAGUGGUAUCAAAGGCUGAAGAAGAACCUUUGGGAGCCAUUCAGAAUGAAUCGGAAAUUGCCCUCCAUUCGAUCGCACCGCUUCCCCCUCCUCUAACCAGGGGUAUCUCCCCAUCAGCCAGACCCUGCAAUUCCAGAGAGCUACCUCCCGGUGCGUACCUCACAAAUUCUACAAGCACGGUACUGACUCAUGCUGGAAAGACUCCGCUACAUGUCUUGGGAGCUGAGCUCCGAUUGGCCAACAAGCCAGGCCUCACCGUCCACCAUGCCAGCCAAGGCCGCCGCCAAACUUCCGAGCCCACCUCUGAAACAACAACAAGACUCAGUGAUGAGAUCCCGUCCAACCAUGUGGGCCUCUCUGUGGCCAAUCCAGUGGAUGAACCCACUGAACGGGAGAUGGAUCUACAGCAGGCAGAAGAGUAUGACCCAGAAGCACACAAGACCAUUGAUUCGUCGUCUGUCUGCUCCAAGGAGGGGCAAUUGCCAGUGCAGCCGUGGUUAGCAUGUGUGAUUGUUGUGGCGCUGAUUGCGGCAAUCACUUUGAUUGUCGUCUUUGUACAUCCUGACAAAAACAUUGAGAGCCCAUCAUCCCAACUGAUGGAUCCCCUCGACGACGAUGGUCUUGCCCUUCCUGAAGAGAUUCCACUGGAGGAUCACGUCUUGAGUCUUCUUCCAAGCAGCACCACACGUCAAAUUCAGAUGUACCAGGACUCUCCACAAGCCAAUGCCUACCAUUGGGUACUGGAGGACCCUCUUCUACCCCAGUACGAAGAUUAUCGUAUCCAGCAACGGUUUGCCCUUGCAACUCUGUACUUUGCCACUGAUGGAGAUCUUUGGACCAACAAUGACAAUUGGCUGGAUCAAUCAUGCCAUGAAUGCAACUGGUACAUGAUGCCAUCCUUUUCUUUGAAGGAUAUGCUCCGUCACGUUUAUCUUGGGUAUCUUGAUGAAAUGGAACCCCCAGCAACAGUCUGCAAUGAGGAUGGACAGCUGGAGCAUUUAUGGUUGGACCAAAACAACCUGGUUGGUUCCAUCCCACCAGAGCUUUACAUGAUGACGCAUCUCAAGACACUAUCUCACGCCAUGAACCCUCUACAUGGGACCAUUGCCACUGAAAUUGGGAAGUUGGCAGAACUGGAGGGCUACGGUGUUGCCUUCCAGCAGAAUGGUGGAGUCAUUCCCUCAGAGAUUGGUCUAUUGACAAACAUGAGGGCACUGAUUCUCAAUGACAACAACCACCAGGGAUCAAUCCCAAGUGAAUUGUGGCAGCUGACCAAUAUUGAAUCCUUGUUCCUCGUACGCAACCACGACCUCAGAGGUACUCUCCCCUCUGUACUUGGCACCUUUCCCAAGCUCAGGUGGAUCAUGUUUGAGGAUAUUGAUCUUACCGGUAAGUCGACUAGAAAGCACUGA